AUGGGCAAUUGUCAAUGUAGGAAAUACUUUGAUUCAGACUAAGGGUCUUACAACAAUAAUCAUCAAGAGAUAAUCAUAAAUGAUGAAUUUCAUAACAAUAGUAAGGAAGAUUUUGCAAAAGAAUUGUUCAUUAAAAUAAAAACUUGGCAACAGGAAUCUUUCUCUUUGUUCGAUUAUGAGAGCCAGACUCACUUAAAGGAAUAAAAUAUUGAGAUAAGAUAAGGAGGAUAUUUAAUAAAAAAUAAUAACGAAGUGCAAUGGAUAGAUGAUGACAUUGAUUGGAAUAAAUGUGUGAUCAAAUAGCAUCAAAUACUAUUCAGAGUUGAAAAAAUUAAUGGAGUUUUUACAAUAAUAAAUAAAAGGGGAGAAUGCAAAUAGAAUUUAGAAGAUGAUAAACAAGAAUUAACAACAAAGUACUUAGGAGAAGGCAAUAGGGAUUUUUAAUAGUCUGAAAACUUGGAUUAGUUGGAAGGGGAAGAAUUUCAACAGUCACAGGAUUGGAUAAACAAAAUAGAUCAACAUAAUUACAAAUUAAAUCAAAGCCAAAGAACCAAUACUAAAUUAUUAGAGAAGGGCAGUAGAUUAUGGUUGGUAGUUAGAUCCAUCUAAUCAAUGUUUAGUAAUAGCGGAAUAAAACUAAAAUAAGGCGAUGUGAUUAAAUUGGGAAGAGUUAAAUUAAAAAUUAGGGAAAUUCAGUUAAAUUAAAGGAAAUAAAUAUGUGAUUUAGAUUCGUCAAGAUCUAGCUAAUCAGAUGCUAUUUCAUGUAGAGUUUGCUGCAGUAGCUAAGAUAGUGUAUAAAAUCCCUUAAUAAACCCAUGCAAAUGCACAGGAUCAAUCAAAUAUAUCCAUCUGAAUUGUUUAAAGAAGUGGUUAAAACUGAAAUUUUAAACAAAACAUAGUAAUCAUUGUAUGAUCUACAUGUGGAAAAACUUAGAGUGUGAAAUAUGCAAGUUUAAUUAUCCUCCAGUUUUUAAGAGUGAUCAACAUAUAGUUGAUUUGGUUGAGCUAAGCAAACCCACAGAACAAGCUUAUGUGUUGAUGGAAAUUAUUUAAAAACGCUAAGAUAUGAGAGUUGACAAAACAAAUUAAGACUCUUCUUGGGCUUAAUGCAAUGGAGUUUACAUAGUUACUUUUGAUAAUAAUAGCGAUGAUAAAGUUGCUAAAACCAAAGAAUUGUAAAUUGGAAGAGCUAAUGAAACUGAAAUUAGAAUUAAUGAUAUUUCUGUUAGUAGAAAUCAUGGAACUCUAAAAUUAAACGAGGGAGAAGUAUAUUUAACUGACAAUAAAUCAAAAUUUGGAUCCUUGAUUUUAAUGUAAUAAAAAGUGAUACCAUUAAUCAACGAAUUGAAUGGAAUUGAAAUCUAGGUUGGGAGAAGCGUUUUGUAAUUCAAUUUUGGAAAAGAUGAAUAAAGAACACCUCCUUCAAAAUAAUGUUUGAAUUCUAAUCUUUUUGAUAAAAUUAUAGGAAGAGACUUAGAAGAUGAAGAUCUACUUUAUAAUUGA